AAAACGAUAAAAUAAUCAAUAGGCGAGUAUAUUCAUCGAUCACUUUCUCGUUCCGUUUCCCAUCCCUAGAGUCUCCUCUAUCUCUACCGUCAAAGGAGGUGGUUACAAACCCUAACGAGCUGUCUCUCCUCCGCCUGCUAAGGUUUGUUAGGAGCAACCCAAAAUGGGUUUGAUUUAUUGGGCAGAAACAAAAUAAUAUCAUUAUUGUUGCCUCUACUUUCAGUUAAUUCUUCGCUCAGUUUCAGCUGUCUGUCUUCAUUGUCAUGGACGGCGGCGAUGGUGGUAUAAAUAUGCGGAAUUGGGGUUUCUACGAACCAUCAGCGGCUCUCAAAGGCCACCUAGGUCUGGAGCUCAUGCCUACUGUGUCCGAAAAGCCUCUACUGGGUGGACGGGACCACCCCGCCGUCAUGGCCACUGCUAAUAUUGGAGCAUAUCAUCAUAGGGUUUGCGGGGUAUCGGAAUCUCCCAUGUCCAUGGACUUCAUGAGGGAUGCUUGGAUGCAUCACAGAGAGAACUAUCUCAAUGUGUUACCUGGAAGCCACCACCCCAAUUUUGCAGUCUUACCAGAGACCUCUAGAGCCCACCCUGUGCAGAUGAUCCACCAACCUGAGUCAUCAAAUGAGAAGAGGGUGGCUCAAAUGGAAGUAACUGUUCCCAAAAAGGAGAGUGAAGGUCCUCUGAAUAAAAGGUCUGGCAGCAGAGCCAAAAAAUCUCCAAAAACAAAGAAGCCUAAGAAAUCCCCCCGUAUGCCCAGAGAUGAGUGCAGUCCUUCGGUUCAUUGUGCAAGGACCCCCAGGAAGAGCACAGAAGUCGUAAUUAACGGAAUCGAUAUGGAUAUUUCGGGCAUCCCCAUACCGGUUUGCUCAUGCACUGGAACUCAUAAGCAGUGUUAUCGGUGGGGCUCUGGUGGCUGGCAAUCUGCAUGUUGUACCACCGGUAUGUCCAUGUAUCCCUUGCCAAUGAGUACCAAAAGGCGUGGAGCGAGGAUAGCAGGACGGAAGAUGAGUUUAGGGGCGUUUAAAAAAGUUUUGGAGAAACUUGCUUCUGAAGGUUACAACUUCUCUAAUCCAAUUGAUCUGAGGACUCACUGGGCUAAGCAUGGUACAAACAAGUUUGUCACGAUCAGGUAGAUUUACAACGUGAUUGCUGCUGUUGUCCCUUGGUGUAUUUGGCCCCUCUCCUGUGUAUAUAUGCAUCUGGCUCAAAGCAGAAGUUCUUCAGGUAGUUUCUAGUCGGUGAAUUUUCUGAUCCAUGUUACUUGUUAUUUAAAUUCAGCACUUUCGGCUCUUCAGAUUUGUUGUUCAAUUCUCUUCACAUUUUGUAGUUUCAGGUUAUGUCAAUCUUGUCUUAAUGCCGGAUAAGAGAAUUAUUUGAUUAGAUUCAUUUAUUGUAUCCUUGCGAGAUAUUUCCUUUGAUAAUGUAAUCUAAUAUUCCGAA